CGCAUGCGCAGUUGUACUUACGCGUUGACUUUACUUUCACUUUGUUUUGGAACACUUUGUUUGGUUCCAUUUACCAUCAACGACAGCAUAAAUAGACAACAAAUAUCUCCAAAGACAAGCACGACAGAUCGGGAAAGCUCACGGUUUUGUUACUUUAAGUCUCAGUCGUGAACAGUGACGAAAAAAGGACGGUCAUUCAUAGUUUGCUAACUCGGGAGGCUAAUAACUUAUUCAGGGUUAAAUGUUGUGACGCGAAUAAUUUAUGGCACAGCAAAACUGACGCCUAAAAUAGCAGGUGACAAUGGAGCGGGCUUCCAUCAAGCAGAACCAGUUGUGUGGCCCAUGGGAGAUGAAGCAGAGGCUUGGGAUGGGAGGUUUUGGGCAUGUCUACCUAUACCAGAAUCUUAAAUCGGGGGAGAAGUUAGCUGUGAAACUCUGUCGCCUCGAACUGAGCUUCAAGAACAAGGAACGCUGGGGAAGAGAGAUCCAGAUCAUGAAGAAGUUGAACCACGUGAAUGUUGUUCAGGCCAGUGACGUUCCAGAAGAAUUGAGCUUGAUUGCUCUGAAUGACCUACCGCUGCUAGCCAUGGAGUACUGUUCUGGAGGAGACCUACGCAAAGUUCUCAGUAAACCAGAAAAUUGUUGUGGGUUGAAGGAGAGUGAAGUGCUCUCCCUACUCCGUGACAUCGGAUGCGGUAUUGAGUACCUUCAUGAAAAUAAGAUUAUACACAGAGACCUCAAGCCUGAGAAUAUAGUUCUGCAAGAGAUUAAUGGCAAGCUUGUCCAUAAAAUUAUAGAUCUUGGUUAUGCAAAAGAUCUCGACCAAGGCAGUGUCUGUACGUCCUUCGUCGGAACCCUCCAGUAUCUCGCUCCGGAGCUGUUUGAAAGUAAACCUUACACGGUAACUGUGGACUACUGGAGUUUUGGAACAGUAAUCUUUGAAUGCACGUGUGGUUUUCGCCCGUUUUUACACCAUAUGCAGCCCGUACAGUGGACAAGUCAGGUUAAGAAUAAAGGUGCUAAGGACAUCAUGGCGGUGGAGGACAUGAAUGGAGAAGUUCGAUUUUCAACCCAUCUUCCAUAUCCCAACAAUCUCAGCAGGCCGUUGUUAGCGCCAGUGGAGAAUUUGCUGCAGAUGUUGUUACUGUGGGACCCGGCAGCCCGUGGCGGGGGGUUGGAUCCUGUUACGAAAAAGGCAAACUGUUACAAGGCUCUCCAGAAUAUCCUCAAGAUGAAGGUGAUCCAUGUGUUAGAUAUGACGUCAGCCCAGAUGCACUCUUUGAUCCUGGAGGCCGAAGAGAGCUUACACUCCUUGCAGCUUCAUCUGGAGACGUGCACACAGACGCAUAUCUCUCCCCUAAAUCAAGAAUUGCUCUUAGAGACGGGAAUCUCCCUGGACCCACGCAGACCUCCUGCACAUUGUUUACCGGAUGGUUUGAGAGGCUGGGACACCUUCAUCGUCUUCCUGUUUGAUAAGAGCCUAUCCAAGUACUCAGGACCCCUCACUGCCAGACCCUUGCCUGAGAGUGUCAACUUUAUAGUCAGAGAGACAAAGACGCAGCUCCCACUGACCACAUUGAGGAAAGUAUGGGGAGAAGCAGUCAGCUACAUCUGUGGACUAAAAGACGACUACACCCGCCUGUACCAGGGACAAAGGGCUGCUAUGUUGAGUCUGCUACGUUAUAACACCAACUUAACCCGCUACAAGAACCUGCUCUUCUCCCAGUCACAGCAGCUGCAAGCCAAGCUGGCUUUCUUUAAAACCAGCAUCCAGCAUGACUUGGAGCAAUACGCCAAGCAGAAACACACAGGCAUCUCUUCAGAGAAGAUGCUUAGGACGUGGCAUGAAAAUGAAGCAAAGGCCAAUGGCUUUUCUAAGGUUGCUGAUGUUGGAUAUCUGGAUGAAGAGAUAGUUGCGCUCCAUUCUGAAAUUGUGGAAUUGCAGCGGAGUCCAUUUUUGAGGAGACAAGGAGACUCGAUGGAACAACUCGAGGGUAAAGCUAUUGAACUCUACAAGCAACUAAAAGCUAAAUGCAAAAGCCCCGACCUACCACAUGGUUACAGUGACAGCUCGGGCAUGGUGAAGGCCAUCCUGCAAAUGGUUCAGAACCAAGACCGAGUGCUGAAAGACUUGUACACUCACCUCAGUACAAUUCUGGUAUGUAAGCAACGCAUCGUUGAUUUGUUCCCAAAGUUGGAGAAAGCAGUUGAGAGCAUAAAAACGGCAGAGGCAGCCGUAAUGCAAAUGCAAACAAAACGCCAGAAAGAGUUCUGGUACCUUCUGAAGAUUGCCUGUGCCCAAAACGAUUCACAGAUUUGUGUUCAGCCAUCCACUGAUGGAGGAACUGUUUCUCAAUUAUUGGAUGAGAACUGCCAUUAUCUAAAUAAGCUCACUUCUUUGCUGCAAGAUGUCAGCCUUGAGAGAGAGCAAAGCAUGAUGGAUCAAGACUGGAGUUGGAUCCCUAAGGAUGCAGCAAAACCCAACCAAAAGUCUUUGAGCGACCAACCAGGAACUCAAUGAAUCAAAGAUACCUUAGUGGUGCAAUACAACAUAUAUGUUCCCUAGACGGUUUAUGAUGUAGUGGACAGGCUUUAUAUUAAAGCCUGUUAGCCAUAAUAUAAGCUAUACAGUGGUUUUGUUCGUUUUGUGUUACAGCAUGUAAAGCAAAAUGUAUUUAUUUCACUAGUGAAACUGAGCAAAGUGAAAUGUGCGCCAUACAUAUUCCUCACUCGCUCAAGGAGUAAAAUUAAUAAUUUUGCAAAUGAAACAAUAAUGGUAGUUAAAGUAUAAUUUUAAGCAAAUCAUCCAAACAUUAUCUAAGAGUUAACCAUAACUUAUUCUGCAGGUGUUGUGGUAAACUGUCCAAGAGGUAUUCAUUAAAGGGAGUGAGUUUGUUGUCCUGAACCUUUCUAAGAGUAAUAUUUUGAUUACCACCUUUUGCUCCAAGAGAGGCAAUGCAGACAGCACUUACAAGCACUUACAGUUCAAUUCUAUAACAAUAAACCGUAAAUGACUUCA